UUAAAUUUAAUUAUAUCUUCUUAAUUAAUAAUACAUAAAUAAAUUAAAUUAUUUUUUAAUAAAUAUAAUUUCAAUUGAUCAAUAAAUAUAAUGACAAAUUUUUACGAAUUACUUGAUGUAGAAAUGGAUGCCACCGAGGUACAAAUAAAAACCGCUUAUAAAAAAAUGGCAUUAAAAUAUCAUCCGGAUAAAAAUCCGAAUCUUUCAAAUGCAAAUGAAUUAUUUCAACAAUUGUCUGAUGCCAAGGAUGUGUUAAGUGAUCCAACAAAAAGGGAACUUUAUGAUCGACAAUUAAAAUUACAAGAACAUUUACAAAACUCGAAUAAAUCCAAAGAGAAAGGACAUGAGACCUUAUCCACACCUGAGCUAAUAACUUUAGGCAUUUUAAGCGGAUGUCUUCUUGUUGGUUCUCAUAUACUUUUUGGAUACUUUUUGAAUACAGUCGAACAAAAAUUAAAGAAAAAGGCUAAGGAAAGAUCAAGCGAGAAUUGAAAAACAAACAUACAACCUAGAAAUUGUUUUAGCUCACAGUUGUAUUCGAUCUUCCUGCUACGGAAGACUCUACAUCAACCGAUUUAAAUUGGAACCCUUUUUACUAGUCACUUUAAAGACAUAAAAUGUCGUAUAUGGAUGCAUAUGGAGUAUAAUGUGGCCCGUUAAUACAAGUUAGCUUUGAAAAUAAUAAUAAAACUUUAAAUCCUUACAUUCUAGGAUAUGGCACAUCAAAAAAUCCAUGAACUCUAAUUUUCUGUAGCGAAGUAAAUACGCUCCUAAGUCG